UCAGUGAUUUUGCGUGGCGACGCUGUGGCCCUGCGCUGGAGACUGUGGAACCCCGUACGACGAUUGAAUCGCCGGGAUCGGGUUACAAGAUGGCGGAUGUUGUUCUGUGGUGAGGGCAGUCGUUUGAGGGGGAAAAGGAAGGCAGGCGGGCCUGGCCUACCCAUCGAACAUUAACCACUAGUAUUUAAUGUGCUUUUUCUUCCUUCCUUCUCCGUGGCGGUCCUUUAUUUAUUUUUAAUAACAUGCCGCACGACUCUUUACUCGCGUUUUUUACCGUUGUAAAAUCACGGCGGUGACGGCGUAGAAAAAGAAAAGAAGCGAGAGACUGAGAACGACGGCCGUGGCCCUCAGACAAAAAAAAGGCCCAGGAGAGAUAAAGAAGCAGAGGGAGGUAAAAGAUGUCGGAUACGCGGAGGAGGGUGAAAGUGUACACGCUGAACGAGGACCGACAAUGGGACGACCGGGGCACGGGGCAUGUGUCUUCGACCUAUGUCGAUCGCCUGAAUGGAAUGUCCUUGUUGGUCCGGGCCGAGUCCGACGGUUCGCUACUACUGGAAUCGAAAAUCAAUCCGAAUACCGCGUACCAGAAACAGCAAGAUACACUGAUUGUUUGGUCAGAAGCAGACAAUUACGAUUUGGCACUCAGUUUCCAAGAAAAAGCUGGAUGUGAUGAAAUCUGGGAGAAAAUUUGUCAGGUGCAGGGACGAGACCCGUCACUAGAUAUCACUCAGGACAUCAUUGAUGAGUCUGAAGAAGAGCGAUUUGAAGAAAUGCCUGAAACUACUCAUACAGUUGAUCUUCCACCAUGUGAACUAAACAAACUGGAAGAGAUUGCCGACUUGGUAACCUCGGUCCUGUCCUCUCCUAUCCGCAGAGAGAAGUUGGCACUGGCUUUGGAAAAUGAGGGCUAUAUUAAAAAACUAUUGCAGCUCUUUCAAGUUUGUGAGGACCUGGAGAACACAGAAGGUCUACAUCACUUGUAUGAAAUUAUCAGAGGAAUUUUGUUCCUCAAUAAAGCAGCACUGUUUGAGGUGAUGUUUUCAGAUGAGUGCAUUAUGGACGUGGUGGGGUGUUUGGAGUAUGAUCCUUCCUUAUCUCAUCCCAGAAAACACAGAGAAUUUUUGACCAAAACAGCCAAAUUUAAAGAGGUUAUACCUAUCACUGACACUGAACUGAAGCAAAAAAUUCACCAAACAUACCGGGUGCAAUAUAUCCAGGAUAUAAUUUUGCCCACCCCAUCUGUAUUUGAGGAAAACUUUCUAUCCACACUAACAUCAUUUAUAUUCUUCAAUAAAGUGGAGAUUGUUAGUAUGUUGCAGGAAGAUGAGAAAUUUUUGACUGAACUGUUUGCGCAGUUAACAGAUGAAGCAACAGAUGAUGACAAGAGACGUGAAUUAGUGAACUUCUUUAAGGAAUUUUGUGCAUUUUCUCAAACACUGCAACCUCAGAACCGUGAUGCAUUUUUCAAAACGUUGGCGAAUUUAGGAAUACUUCCAGCUCUUGAAAUAGUUCUGGGCAUGGAUGACGCACAGGUGCGAACUGCCGCUACAGACAUAUUCUCCUAUCUAGUAGAAUAUAGUCCAUCAAUGGUACGUGAGUUUGUAAUGCAGGAAGCUCAGCAGAGUGAUGAUGAUAUUCUCCUAAUUAAUGUGAUCAUUGAACAGAUGAUCUGUGAUGCUGAUCCUGAGCUUGGUGGAGCAGUUCAGCUAAUGGGGCUACUGAGAACUUUAAUUGACCCUGAGAAUAUGUUAGCUACAGCAAAUAAAACUGAGAAGACAGAGUUCCUUAGCUUUUUUUACAAGCAUUGCAUGCAUGUUCUCAGUGCUCCUUUGCUGGCUAAUACCACAGAUGAAAAACACAGUGGUAAAGAUACAGGAAUAGAUGAAUCCAACAGGAAUACUGCUUUUUGUUCUGAUAACUUCCAGACAGCACAGCUGUUGGCCUUGAUUCUAGAGCUACUCACUUUUUGUGUAGAGCAUCACACAUAUCACAUCAAGAACUACAUCAUGAACAAAGAUUUACUUCGAAGAGUUUUGGUGCUGAUGAAUUCAAAACAUACUUUCCUUGCCUUAUGUGCACUGCGUUUCAUGAGGAGGAUAAUUGGACUAAAGGAUGAAUUUUAUAAUCGUUACAUCACAAAAGGAAAUCUCUUUGAACCAGUUAUAAAUGCCUUUUUGGAUAAUGGAACCAGAUAUAAUCUACUUAAUUCAGCAAUAAUUGAACUUUUUGAAUUUAUCAGAGUGGAAGAUAUCAAGUCACUUACAACACAUAUAGUUGACAACUUCUACAAAUCACUGGAACACAUAGAAUAUGUGCAAACGUUUAAAGGACUCAAGCUGAGAUAUGAGCAGGAAAGGGAUAGACUUCAAAAUCAGAAACUGAACAGCGUACCAUCCAUAUUACGUAAUAAUCGGUACCGGAGAGAUGCACGUGCAUUGGAGGAAGAUGAAGAGAUGUGGUUUAAUGAGGAUGAGGAGGAGGAAGAAGGAGAGGCUCUAGUACCACAUGUAGAGAAGUCCAAAUCAGAGGAUGAUUAUCCAGACAGUUAUGGAAAAUUUCUGGAAACUAAAAAGGCUAAAGAAAGUGAGGACAAGGAAAACUUUCCAAAACGUUCUUCAAGUCCAAGCUUCAAAUUUACGUUUUCGCAUACCUGUGCAUCUGGUGCAGCAAAUGGAACAAAUGGGACUAAUAGUAAAUCAACGGCAGCUCAGACCGCUCCAGCCAGUUCCACUAGUUCCGCAAAGCAUACCAGUUCAUCUACUGCAAUGACGACAAAGGGAGGUCUAGUGGGACUUGUAGAUUAUCCUGAUGAUGAGGAAGAGGAGGAGGAAGAAGAAGCAUCACCAAGAAAACGACCUCGUCUAGGCUCAUAAUUGACGCAUGUGAUGGCUUACUUUGGGGUCUGAUACAAUGGUGCAACUGUUCCUUAAGCUUGGGGUCUUAAUCAGGAAUGGCUGCUUCACUGUGACUACAGAAGAUGCAACACAAGGAGUAGCAAACAGUGUGCCAAUGUUUCAACUAGAGGGCUUGAGUUCUGUGUGGCAGCAACACGCCACUGGGGAACUGGACCUCUCUGGAACAAACUUGGAAAGGAAAACCGGCCAAUCAGGCUGGCAGGGCUAGCAGUUAGUGAUUGGGAGCCUGAUUGACAGUUUCCCAAAUGGGGAAGAGAUUCAGAUUUGGGGCGGGUUAGGGAAAGCUUGAGCAAGGGAGCAGGAACUGCACAAAAAUGAUGUUUUGGAAUUCUUUGCCAGGAAACAAAAACUGGGAUAGGCGUGCAAAGUAUCAGUUGAAAAUCCUUUCAGUCUGAAAUGAAUUAGUUGCUGUCCCAUGUGUUAAUCCUCAUUCUUGUUUUAUUUACCUCCAAUUCCAUGUGUAAAUUGGAGGGAAGGAAACCUGUCAAAAUCUUUCUUAGCAGAGGAAUUCAACCUACUACUGGGACCAUAAUGAUGAGACUGCCAUCAUGUUCACUGGAUCUUUGAGCAUCCAAUGGGCCUGUUAAGCAUUUUCUAAUCAAAAUGGUGAAUGGUUGGAAAAGCACAGAAGAACAUGCACCUCAGUCAUGUGCUAUACUACAGAUAGACUGUCUCACGAGCCUGUGUGUAAAAGCUGGUACUCGUGACUGCAGCGAGAAUGGUUUGUGAUCGAGACUGUUGCUUUUAUCUCAUCUACUGUUAUACAUUGUGGCAGUUCCCCAGGCCAAACAUGCCACUUAACAAAAAUAACAUUAUCCCAAUCUGAUUUUUAUGUAUAUUUUUGGGUAUUAUAUUGCAGGUUAACAUUUCAUUAUAACUGUUAGGCAAGUUUCUUUUAGGGAACACUAAUUUUAACAGCUGACUGAUGGUAACAGUGGGGAGUUGUAACAGAUAGCUGCAACAAACGUGAGUCUUAACUAGUCUGCCUUUGCUCAGACAGUCAGUCAGUCAUUUCUGUGCAGUAGUUAAGAUCUAAGCACAGUAGAAGGCUCAAGUUAGGUUCCAGAUGCUUUUAUUGCACAGUGUGGUGUUCUAGUUCAUUUUUAAUACAGUGGUUAACGCAGGUUGUUAAACCAGCUGUAGCCAAAUAGCCAACUGGCAAUCUGUGUGUUACAAAAUGAAAUCAAAACUUUUUACAGCUUUUUUUUUUUUUUUUGAAGUCAUCUGCAUCCCUUGGUAUUUUGGAGGUUUUGUAGCUCAACUUAAAUAUUCUUUG